ACAAUUAAACUAAGAGGCCCCUCCGAUAGUUAAUGGUCCAGCAUGUGCUUUGGAAUAAGAGAGUUCACUUUAUAGGAUAAUAAUAGGCACCGCCCAUCCUUUAAAUUCCCAUUCUUGUAUAUAAGUACACUCUCCCCCCUUUCUUACUCCUCUCUCCCUCUCUCUUCUUUCUCUGUGUUCCUCUUGUCAUUUUGUGAAACUCAGCUUUGGUUUCUCAUUUGUCAUUGACAAUGGGUGAAGAAGCUAAACAGGAACAAGCUAAUGUAGAAGCUAAGCCAGAGGAAAAGAAAGAAGAGAAGGCUGAGGAGAAGGAAGAGCCUAAGCCACCCGAGCCUUUCGUCUUGUUCGUAGACUUGCAUUGUGUGGGAUGUGCAAAGAAGAUUGAGAAAUCCAUCUUGAAGAUCAGAGGAGUUGAGGGGGUUGUGAUUGAUAUGGCACAAAACCAAGUGACUAUUAAGGGAGUGAUUGAGCCUCAAGCUGUGUGUACAAAGAUAAUGAAGAGAACCAAAAGAACAGCCAAAGUCUUGUCCCCAUUGCCUGCAGCUGAGGGUGAACCUAUACCAGAAGUUGUUAAUUCACAGGUCAGUGGAUUAACCACUGUGGAACUUAAUGUGAACAUGCACUGUGAGGCCUGCGCGGAGCAACUCAAGAAAAAGAUACUCAAAAUGAGAGGAGUUAGAACAGCCGCGACAGAAUUGAGCUCCGGGAAGGUGACUGUGACUGGUACCAUGGAAGCGGACAAGCUCGUUGAUUAUGUCUACAGGCGUACGAAAAAGCAAGCAAAAAUUGUGCCACAGCCUGAGCCCGAGAAGAAAGAAGCAGAGGAAGCAAAGCCCGGAGAGAAGAAAGAAGAAGAGAAGGCAGCCGAGGAACAAAAACCCGAAGAGAAGAAGGAAGAAGGUGAAAAACCACCAGAAGAAGAGAAGAAAGAAGGUGGUGAAGGGAAUGGCAAUGAAAACAAAGAAGAGGCUAUGAAAGAAGGAGAGAACAAUAUUAGUGGUGGUAGUGAUGAACAAAGCAUGCAGAAAAUGGUGCAUUAUUACCAACCCCUUUAUUUCAUUGAGAGAAUUCCACCACCACAGCUCUUCUCUGAUGAAAAUCCUAAUGCAUGUUGCAUUUCAUAGUUCAAUUAAGUCCUUAUUAAUUACCAACUUUCCAUAUAUUGUAUGAUUCCAACACUACUAUACCACCACUAUGUGAGCAUAUACAUAAUAAUCUUGGUGGAUGGUUUCAGUGAAUGGAGUGUGGAUCCAAGUUCCAAAAACAAUUAUAAUAAUAAGAUAUAAUCAUUCUGUAUA